CUUAGUCACACAGUUUUCUCUUGGUGGCAUUUGAGUUUAUGUUAGUGUCAGUUUGAAGAGAGCCAAAAAUUAAAAUUUUAUGAUAUAUUUUGUGGAAAUUGGGAAUGGCUAUUCCAGCAAUACAGAACUCUGUCUCAUUUUUAAAAUCCCAUAACUCGUUUCCUACCAAUCUUAGUGACUGCUCAAUAUAUUGGUGUCUAAAAGAGCACCAUGUAGAUGGCAUACAGUUUGAUUAGUUUUUACUUUGCAAUUAGACCAAUCUGUGUUUAGAAACCUUUCACCUACUGCACGUACGUGUUUUUAAUUGUAUAUUAUUGCAUUUCAAAAUAAGCUCAUUUCAAGUUGGUUUAAAAUGUACACUGUUCUUCAUUGACAGGAAAGUUGCAUUUCCUGAUACAACAAAAAUAGGUUGGUGGCAAAUAAGCUGAAAAGAACAUUUUUAAAGUCACUGCUGUGGUAAAAUGUACAAGCCCCCCGGUUCAGUUGCCUUUACCAAAGCAAGUUAAAAUCAUGUUUCCUAGUGUGAGUUAGUAGUUCAGUUAAGAGCACUGAUUGAGUUCAAGACCUAGUACCCACACGGCAGCCCUUGAAUCAGAAUUUAAUGGUUGCCUCUAGCAUGCUCCAGAAGGCAUGCUGGAGCUGCAAGGUGCCAAGAACAGAAAAGAGCGGGAGAUACACAUGCAAAUAACACAUAACAAGCAAUCGGAAUAGAAAUAAUCGUGAAAUACAAAAACCCAGUAGCCUAUGAACUUGGGCGGCUCAUGAACAGGUAAAACUCCGUGGAAUCUACAGUAUCUUCACUACCCACCAGAAGAGUGUUGUCACUACAUUCAGUCUCAUUUGAAAACCAGUGCAACUUCUGCUCAGAAUGAAAAAGGAGUAAAAUUCCAGCCCUAGGUGACAUGUAACAGUCCCAUGAUCCACCCUCUUACUCUGUUGCUGAUGGCCUGCAAGCGCCUGGAACAGCCGCCAAGGACUUGUAGGCAGGUGUCCCGCAUUUGGGAAGAUGCAGGCUGUUGUCCUACAUUUGGAGAGGUGGAGAUGGGUGUCCCGCGUCCGGGGGAAUGUAGGCGGGUGCCUCGCGUCCGGGGGGAUGUAGGCGGGUGUCUCGCGUCCGGGGUGGAUUCAGGCGAAUGUCCCGCAUGGGCUAGGCUGCGGUUCCUAGGCUGUCUCGGUAGCCUUGGCUGAUGGGCCAACAGUGCCCUCCAGACAAUCGGGCCGCUGGGUGUAGCCCAGGUCUCUCGGUUCCGCCCUGGAGCUCCAGGCCAAGGUGUCGCGGCUGCUCCCGGGCGCCCCCUGGCCCGGCUUGGGCGCCCGAGGUUUCCGGUGCACGGCCGCCGGCGGUGACGCCUUGCUGCUCGGGAGCAGCCGCCGCUUCUCCACAAACCAGCUGCAGGCCUGUGGAAAUCCAAUCAAGCCAUACACGGGUGGAGCGUGCGUGGCCGUUUUGUGCAAAAGGACGCAGUAGCCCAACCUACUAAAGCUUUCAUUUGCUGGAACUGGACAUCCACCCAUCCCUGCCAAGUCUUGGGAGAAGACUCAACUCCAGGAAGGCUUUCUGCCAGGGCCUGAGGUUAUACUUUCAUGCCCCACAGCCACCAUCAUCCAGCAUAUGCAAGUGGGUUUUAAGUUAUCCAGGACAUCAACAGCUUCUGAGUGAUUUCAAGGAUUAAAGAGUCUGCAGGCUGCUAUGUUAAUGCUGCUUGUCUUUGGAGUAUUGCUUCAUGAAGUUCCACUGAGUGGCCAAGAUGAGGCUCAUUCUGAGACUGAUAGUGUGCCAGGCAAAGCCCUGUGUGACUACUCCAGCCUCCGCCUCCCAGAGAAACACAUUCCCUUCUUCUUGCACAAUAACAGGCAUAUUGCCUCUGUCUGCAAAGAGGAUCCCCAUUGUCCAUAUAAGAAACAUCUGGAAAAUCUAAAUUACUGCUGGGGUUAUGAGAAAUCCUGCAAACCAGAGUUUAGAUUCGGUUACCCUGUUUGCAGCUAUGUGGACAUGGGAUGGACAGACACUCUGGAGUCGGCUGAGGACUUGUUCUGGAAGCAAGCUGACUUUGGAUAUGCCCGGGAGCGGCUGGAGGAGAUACACGUGCUCUGUCAGCCAGAGAGAACUAGUGACUCAAGUCUGCUUUGUUCCCGGUACCUUCAGUAUUGCAGAGCUACUGGUCUGUACCUGGACUUAAGAAACGUCAAGAGAAACCAUGACAGAUUCAAGGAAGAUUUUCUUCAGGGUGGUGAAGUUGGUGGACACUGUAAACUGGACAGUCAUGCGUUGAUGUCGGAAGGGCAGCGCAAAAGCCCCCUGCAGUCUUGGUUUGCUGAACUGCAAGGCUACACCCAGCUCAAUUUCAGGCCUAUAGAAGAUGCUAAAUGUGACAUCGUUGUUGAAAAACCAACAUAUUUCAUGAAAUUAGAUGCGGGUGUUAACAUGUAUCACCACUUCUGUGAUUUCCUCAAUCUCUACAUCACCCAGCACGUUAACAAUUCCUUCAGUACAGACGUGUAUAUCGUGAUGUGGGACACCAGCUCUUAUGGAUAUGGUGACCUGUUCUCCGAUACCUGGAAAGCAUUUACUGAUUAUGACGUCAUACAUUUGAAAGCCUAUGAUUCCAAAAAGGUGUGCUUUAAAGAAGCCGUGUUUUCGUUGCUGCCCCGCAUGCGGUAUGGGCUGUUUUAUAACACGCCUCUGAUCUCUGGCUGUCAGAAUACUGGGUUAUUCAGGGCCUUCUCUGAGCAUGUGCUGCAUAGGCUGAACAUCACUCAGGAGGGACCCAAGGAUGGGAAAGUUCGAGUUACCGUUCUUGCACGCAGCACAGAAUACCGGAAAAUACUGAACCAAAAUGAGCUGGUAAAUGCACUAAAAACAGUAUCCACAUUUGAAGUCCAGAUUGUUGAUUACAAAUACAGAGAACUUGCGUUUUUAGAUCAGCUGAGGAUCACACACAACACGGACAUAUUUAUUGGCAUGCACGGAGCUGGCCUCACCCACUUACUUUUUCUUCCAGACUGGGCUGCUGUAUUCGAGCUGUACAACUGUGAAGAUGAGCGAUGUUACUUAGACCUGGCCAGGCUCAGAGGCGUCCACUACAUCACCUGGCGGAAGCCCAGCAAAGUGUUUCCUCAAGAUAAGGGGCACCAUCCAACUCUGGGCGAACACCCCAAGUUUACCAACUACUCUUUUGAUGUAGAAGAAUUCAUGUACCUUGUCCUUCAGGCUGCAGAGCAUGUACUGCGCCAUCCACAGUGGCCAUUUAAGAAGAAACAUGAUGAACUGUAGAAAUGUUGUCUGUUUACAAGAAGAGAGCGUUUAAGCACUCUCACAUCCAGAUUCACAGUCAAAGGAGCAAAACAGCCUGCCAUAGCCUCCUGUAAGAUGAACUAUGACUUUUGACUUUCGACUAUAGCUCAGGCUGGCCUUGAACUAACGAUCCUCUGAGCCUCCUGAGUGCUCAGAUUACAGGUAUAUACCACCGUGCCUGGCUACAAAAUUACUUUUUCUACAUGAAAACAUACGUUCAGGAUAUUUCGUUUUUAAGUCUUCCAUGUGUUUAUCAUGUUGUUGCUAUUUGCCGAUAGCAAUAGUAUUUUGCACUGAAAAAAGUUACUUUUAUAGUUCAACGUUGGGCCGGUGCCCACUGGUGUAAUAGAGCUUUCCUGUCGGGAUACCAAAGUUGUCAACUGAAGCAGCUUUAGAAUUUAUAAGUGUGUUUGUUAACUAUAAUAUGAUUGUAAUUUCAGAGUGUUCCACCUUGUUGUUUAUGUACUUGGAUGAAUUCAAAACUGAUUUUGUAUUUGCCAUUGUCUAUUUUAUAAUUAUGGUUCUAGGGCCUGGGGACAUGACUUAGUGUAGAAUGCUGGCCUUGCAUGUAUGGGGCCCUGGGUUCAAUCCCUAGCAACACACGUGCUCAACGCACACGCACAUCCACACACCAGCAUAAGUCUGUGAUUCUCAGGACCAAGCUAUAAGACUGUGUUAUAGAUCAGUGUUUAGUCAGCUCCAGGUUAUGUGCACCAAGAACCUGAAUAAAUCAAGCUGUUGUAUUAAUUUGUGUUCACAUAUCUCAUUCCAAUCAUGUUCUCCCCAAAUGUAAUGGCAGUGUUAAUAAGAACUCAUCAGACCUUUCUACAGUACCAUCUCUGCAGACCCAUCAGCCAUGAGAAAAUUCAUGUUGACUUGACAUGAAGUGGUAGUUUCCAUCAGGCAAGCAUUUAUAAGCACAUACAGCUGUGUGCACCUCCCUCUGGCAGAGUGAAAGUAACCCUAAUAUUUGUAAAAACUGCAAGGUGGCUACACGAAGAGACUCUUUCCCUAUUAAAGAAAAAAGUAAGGCCAUUGAAAAAAUAGUAGAGCUGUGAAUUACCCAAUCAGAACGAAAAGCCCUAAGAAAGUGGCCCUGAGUAAAUGGGAUGGCUGAAGAGCAGGCUUUUCCUUGAAUGGCUUCACAUCACCCUGUUGGUGAGCAUCCAGCUCGGCAGUCAGAAACCAUGGGUUUGUUCUACUGUACAGUGUGAUGUUUGCAUCUUACUAACAUUUGAGUCACCUGACGUAGACACUACUUUUAGUUUUUACAGUGGAUUAAACAAAUUGCCCCCAAAGGAUUUUAUUUUUAAAUUUUAGAGAAGUGACACCCCCCCCCAAAAAAAAAAAACAAUGUUGGUAACUGCACCUCCUCAGAAGUUUGCUGACUUUUGCUUUCAGGGCUUGGUAACAGAGCUGUACACUGUAUUUAUUAAAAUAUCGUUAGAGAAAACAGGCGCGUGAUAGGCAAGACUUCUGAUGGGUGUUAAGAUUGUUUGGAAAGAAUUGUAACAUUAGGAACUGUUAGGUGACGGGUGGCUGUUGUUCUCUGUGCAGAGUCCCAAGUGAGCAGCAGGAAGGGGGGGUGUUCUGUAGGAAAGGGGUGGGAGGAGCGUGUUGCCCACGUCAUCAAGGAUAAACAUCCGAAGACUGCCUCCGGAAAGCAGAAAGCCGUUUCAUCCUCUUACCUCACUUCAAGCAGCACAGGACCUAAGCUUCCACAGACUACCUGGGACUCAGUGACUGAGAACAGUUUCAUAGUAAAAUAUAUCUGAAGAUUUUGCAUUUAGACGGAAUAUACUUUAUAUAAAUAAGAAAGUCAUUUAAUUAAUUAGUUAUGGGACUUUUAUCAAUUUUUUUGUGUGGGAGCAGAAGGUCUUCAAAUUGUUGUAAAAUUUAAAAUGUAGACAUAGCUCUUUUUUAUUAAGUCUGUAAGGAGAUGCCUGGCUUUGGAAUAAAGCUUUCUAUAUUUCAUUUAAAUAUC